AGCGCCGCCGAGCCCUUGCCGAACCAAGCCGAGCUCUACCCGAGCUCUGCCGAGCCCUACCCGAGCCCCGUCAAGCCGGGGCUCCUCUCCUGGCACCAGCCGUUCUUCCCCCGAGGCCCGGCCCGGUGUGGCCGUGCCGCGGGGCCGGUGCGGCGGGCGCGGCCCCGGCGGACAGCCCUCGGGGCCUGCAGCGUUGCGGCCUCCCGCCAGGCGGAGCCUGGGGCCGCCGGCGCGGCGCCGUGAGGGCCGGGGCCGGGGGAGCCGCAUGUCCCGGCUGGACCUGAGGGGCGGCAGGGGCGGCGGCCGGAGCCAGCGGCGGCUCGGGAGGCCGGGGUCGAGCGGGGCUGCCAGCGCCGGGCGGGGGAGGCGCAGGCCGGGCCGGAGCUGAGGAGAGCGCCGCGGACUGAGGCCUACCCCCCGCAGCGGUGGGGUUUGGGGCUCCCGCCCCCUGGCGGCCGUUUUCCUUCUCCAGAUGCCGCUCACCCGCAGCCGCCUGGGGCUGCUGGUCCUCGCGGUGCUCUUCACCUUCCUCCUCUACCUCCUGCUGCCGGCCGCCCAGCACGAGCAGCGCUCGGCGGGGACCCGGCCUGACGAGGGGCCGCGGGACUGGCGGGUGGCCAGCGCCAUCGCACGGACGGGAAUGGCUGCGGGGGAGCCCCCCGUCUUCUACAGGGAGGUUUCUGCCCGGCCCCAGGGCAGCGGCACUGCCGGCCCCGGGAGGCCCGAUGUCCUGUUCCUGCAUGGCCAGGCGUUCACCUCCAAGACGUGGGAAGCCUUGGGCACACUGGCGCUCCUUGCUGGAGAAGGCUACCGUGCGGUCGCAAUAGAUCUGCCUGGCUAUGGGGAUUCACCUCCAGCGGAGACAGUGGCCAUGGCGCAGGGCCGGGUGGCUUUCCUGGACCACGUCCUCCAGGAGCUGGGCAUGCAGAGGCCCGUUCUCAUCAGCCCCUCCAUGAGCGGCCGCUUUGCCCUCCCCUUCCUCCUGGCACAAGGGGACCGGCUGGCUGGCUUUGUGCCCAUUGCGCCCGUGGGCACCAAGGACUACACUGAGGAGCAGUACCAGCGGGUCCAGACACCCACCCUGAUCCUGUACGGUGACCGUGAUACAAGGCUGGGUUCCCAGGCCCUGCAGAGCCUCCGGCACCUCCCUGGGCACCGUGUGGCCGUGGUGCCCGAUGCUGGCCAUGCCUGCUACCUGGACAAGCCGGAGGACUUCCACCGGGCCCUGCUGGGCUUCCUGCGCCAGCUGAAGUGAGCAUUGCCUCUUUCCCUGCCGAAUGGAGGACUGGGACGCACAGGGGGGGUCUGUUCUCUUUUGGGGUGUCCCCAGGGUGGCAGGAGACAACGACUAAGAGUUUCCUUUGCUGGCAGGAGAGGGUGUUGUCUGUCAGGAGGCCAAUAAACUGAUGCUGCUCUGG